CUUGAAGAAGGAAUAAAUUGUUUAUCCUCCUUCAAGGUGGAACCUCUCUAUGGACUAUGGGACCAUUGGGACGGAGGAGUAUAUUUUACAGUGAAAAUUCAAUCUCUCAUGCCCGCGCCCCUGUUCGUCUUCCGCCUUGCCUGUCCUGUUUUCCUUGACCGACCUGGUGCUGCAGCUUGUAAUCGGCGGGUUUGAAAUUAAGAGUGCUGAUUUUUUUAUACUUAACCCAAACGAGGCCGUUAUCAGUCCAGAGCCCAAAUGCUGAAAUUGUCUGAAAGGCCGAGGGAAGAGGACGUGAAGCAGUGAGGAGCUGAUUGAGUGAUUUGGGUCUGCCGAUUGGGUGAGGAACGGCGAGCGUCUGGCCGUCUUUGCUUGAGCUUCAACUCUUCACUGUUUCAGACCUGAAACAAUAUGGGAUUACUGAAGAAGUUAAGGGAGUGUCUGCAUUUUAUUUACACAUUGCAAUUCUGGAGAAUGGCAAUCUUCUGGACCCUUGCUCUGGUUUUUUCCUACUUGAAGUUGUAUUCCCAAAACUUUUUAUUGAAGAAAUCUAAACGCUAUCCACGCUGCUCUCCAAAAGAUAGUACAUAUGUCUCAAAAUCUCUAACUAGGCCAAUCUGCGUAAUAACUGGGGCUACGUCUGGUUUGGGAGCUGCUGCUGCCAAUGUAUUCGCCAAUGAGGGCUUUUAUGUUGUUCUUGUAGGGAGAUCAUCUGAACAGCUAUCAAAGGUUACAUAUGAUAUCAGGAAAAAUGGGGUUGAUGUUUGCCUGAAAGCCUUUGAGGUUGAUGUAACUUCCUUUAAGUCGAUUUUCAAGUUCAAGAGGUCACUUCAACAGUGGCUGCUUGAUUCAAAUUUGCAUCCUUCUAUUCAACUCCUGAUAAAUAAUGCUGGAAUCCUUGCAACAACCUCUCGAGUCACUUCUGAAGGAUAUGACCAGAUGUUCACAACGAACUAUAUUGGUGCAUUUUGUAUUACCAAAGUCCUGCUUCAUUUACUGGAAAGUAGCCCAAUCCCUUCACGUGUGGUUAAUGUCACAUCCUUUACACAUCGGAGUGUAUGGUCCAUGCAGAUGGACAAAGGAGCUAUCAAGUGUCCAUCAAAAUCAAAACAGUACCCCUAUGCAGAAAUCUAUGAGUAUUCAAAAUUAUGCAUUUUGUUGUUUUCAUAUGAACUGCAUCGACAAGUUGGCAUGAUGGAGAAACGUCAUAAGCUCUCUGUAGUAGCUGUGGAUCCUGGAGCCGUGAAAACCAAUAUUAUGCGAGAAAUUCCUUCAUGGAUUUCACAGCUGUCAUAUGCAGCCUUGAAAAUUUUGGGUAUGCUUCAAGCACCUGAAGAUGCAGUAGGCUCUAUUCUUGAUGCAGCACUUUCCCCGCCAGAAACAUCAGGAGUCUACUUUUUUGGAGGAAAUGGAAGAACACUUGCAUCAUCCGUGCUUUCCUAUGAUUUGAAAAUGUCCAAGAACCUUUGGGAUACAUCAAAUGACCUGUUCCGGGAAUUACAAGUAGCUCUUGAGAAGCCUGCAGAUAUUCACCCUUGACCUAAAAAAUACUUCGUAUUACUCAGUAAGUCAGUAACAAUCAUCUGCAUCAACUCCCUUAAUCCAACUAUUCUGGUUCAUUUAGUGUCAGUUAUUUCUCUAACAUUAUUUACUACUAUAAUGCGUAGAUAAAGAUAAUGAACAAGUAUAAACCCAGUCCAUCUUCUUUGGUUGUUUUUAGAGCUUCUCUUGUGAGCUUGAUUUACAUAGAUAAAAGUGAUCUGAUUGUAGAACCAUAAACCAUAUGGCCAUAACUCCCGUAGCCAGUGUUUUCAUCAGGGUGGACCAAGUUCAGUUCCGGUAUAGUUCCAGUUUAUACAGAGAAAUGAUUAACAACUACUCUGUCUUCGAAUCUCAGUUCUUUGGCGCCUCAAGAUCGUGUUUUAUUUGACAAGUUGAUUAACAUUUACUCUGCAAUCAUGUACAACCAUUGUCAAUGUGUUUAAAAAACUCGUGUUUUUUUUAUUGCCAAUGUGUUUAAAUUGCACUAUUAUAGCACGUAUUACCACCCGUCAUCCUCAGAACAGUUUCUAGUGGUAUACGGUAUACCUCAAAGGUAGAUCUUAUUCGUAACAGACUGUAAGAGAUCUUGAAGAUCAGAAUAUAUGAGUGCAAGACCUUGGUUUUCGGUUUGCGGACUGGUUGGGACCAAAGUCCAAAACCGGUUCACGGGAUCGGAUCAAGACCUUGGUUUUCAGUUCGGGCAUGAGACCGGUGCUGUUGGGCGGGGGCAAUGGAUCUCCUGCUUAAUAAAGCUAUAAAUGUGUACUCGCUUAUUUUCCAAAAUUGUCCUUGUGGAAUUGUGGUAUUAAUAAAUGUAGUACUCAAGUGGGACAAUAAAAGGGUAAAUAAAUAGUAAGUGGGUGUAAAAUACAUCACUUUUAUAAAGUUAUGCGAGGAUAUAAGAGCAUCUCCAAUGUUAUAAUGUUCACGGUGUACAUGUGGCAUGAGUGAUAGCCACAUAAAUAUUAGCAAAUAA